GCAUGAGCCGCACAAAAUGAAUGAUGUGAUGAGAGAGCACGAAGCAAAAAGAACGCAAAGCGCAAGUCUUGAUUCAGCAAUCAUAAAUGUGGUGUAUCCCCAUCCUGCUUGAACCGAAAACCGACUGGCCCUCGUGGCUGCACGAACGCUCGUUUAUGAAAACAUUAUGAGAGUGUUCACUAAGAUGGCGAAACGUUGAGUUGUAAUUUAUAUAUCUUGAAAUGGAGUGCAAAAAUGUUGUAAGUGUCGCCGCUAGGAGUAACCGCAAUCUCAUAGUGAAUAAACUGAAAGUGAAUAUAAAGAAUAAUUAGUGUAAGAAGCCGAUCAAAAAUGCGUGAAUUCAAAGUAGUUGUUCUCGGAUCGGGUGGGGUUGGAAAAAGUGCAUUAACUGUUCAGUUCGUAUCAGGUUGUUUUAUGGAAAAAUACGAUCCAACCAUUGAGGACUUUUAUCGUAAGGAAAUCGAGGUAGACAAUAGUCCGUGUGUGUUAGAAAUCCUAGACACGGCAGGUACCGAACAGUUUGCCAGCAUGCGCGACCUCUACAUAAAGAAUGGACAGGGUUUUGUCGUAGUGUACAGUUUAACAAAUCACCAAACCUUCCAAGACAUCCGCCCCAUGAAGGAAUUAAUUACCAGAGUGAAAGGAACCGAACGGGUUCCUAUACUCCUAGUCGCAAACAAGGUGGAUCUGGAACACCAGAGAGAAGUAGACUUUGCCGAAGGAAAUGUCCUUUCCCAGCAAUGGGGAUGUCCUUUCAUCGAGGCGAGUGCCAAGAACAGGACCAAUGUAAACGAGGUGUUCGCCGAAAUAGUCCGCGAAAUGAACUUUAGUCCAGAAAAGGAGAAAAAAAGUUACUGCUGGUGUACAGUGCUCUAA